UGUAGAGCCACUACUAGACGUUUGAGAGAAAAGAGAGAAAAAAUUCAAAUCCGAUUCCAAUUUUCCUUUUUCAGAAUCAAGUUCCAUUUUUUUUUCUUCCUUUCUCUCUCCUUGUUUGCCUUCUUCGCUUUGUUUCUAUCAUUGUUAUUCAUCAAUUAAAACUAAGAAAAAAGAAAUAAGUGUGAAAAAUUCAAGGCGAAAGAGGCAAAUAUGAAUGAGAAAGCGUCUGUGUCCAAGGAGCUCAACGCCAAGCACUCCAAGAUAUUGGAGGGUCUUCUCAAGCAGCCGGAGAAUAGGGAAUGUGCAGAUUGUCGAAGCAAGGCUCCACGAUGGGCAAGUGUAAACCUUGGAAUAUUUAUAUGCAUGCAAUGUUCAGGAAUCCAUAGGAGUCUUGGAGUACAUAUCUCAAAGGUACGGUCCACUACUUUGGAUACAUGGCUACCAGAGCAGGUUGCUUUCAUGCAGUCAAUGGGUAAUGAGAGGUCUAACGAUUAUUGGGAAGCGAAUCUGCCGCCCAAUUAUGACAGAAGUGAGACUGAGAGAUUUAUCCGCGCCAAGUAUGUGGAGAAAAAAUGGGUUUCAAAGAAAGCAACACAACCAACUACAAAGCCAAGUGAAAAGAGUAGUAAUUUCCACAAGUCAAUGGAAAGUGGAACUAGAAGUGGGAUUCCUAGUAAAACAAGGAAAUUGUCUCUUGAGGAAGAAAUUUUUACUAACCAUAUAGCUCAAAUUGCUCCUCCAGCAGGAAGAACCCGAUGGGGUUCUUUAGAUCAAAUUAGAUUAGGAGAUCCUAUGUUCUUGCUAUGAGGUUGUACGGGAGAU